UAAACAGCUGAUUAGAAUUCUUUUUUUCGUAAAGUACAUUUAUUUGUUUUUUACCAUAGAUUUCGGCGUGAACGAUGUCACGGCUAGCUUUAUUGCGCAAUUUGGUCACUCAGCGGCAGAAUUUGUUGCCCGCCAACUUUGGCAGGCUAAAAUGUGCGGCUGCGAUGCACUGGAGUCCACAUUUGCGUCAGGAAGCGUCGCGCGGUGGUGGCGGAUCCCUUCAACGGUCGCAGGAUAACACCCAGGUGUCCACGGAUGUGCGCCCCAUUGGCGAGAAGAUCAAGGAGAACACUAAGACGGCCAGUUAUACGGCGAUUAUAAUCGCCGGAUUAGGGGUGACCUGCGUGAUGUUCUUCGCCAUAUUCCGAGAGCUAUUCUCCAGCGAGAGCCCGAACAAUAUAUACGCGGACGCGUUGAGCCGUGUGGUCGAAGAUCCGCGGGUACAGGAUGCAAUUGGCGCACCCAUCAAGGGAUUCGGCGAGACAUCCAGGCGCGGUCGCAGACAGCAUGUGGCGCACUCCAGCUAUGAGCGCAAUGGAAAGCCCCACAUGCGAAUGCAGUUCUAUGUGCAGGGCCUGAGGAACAAGGCCACCGUGCAGCUGGAGUCCAGAAGGAGUGGCUGUGGCAAACUGGAGUAUCGUUAUCUGUUCGUGCAAUUGGAUCACUAUCCCCGCACCACCAUCAUCCUUGAGGACAACCGUGCAUUUGACCCCACCCCCGAGCCAGCGUCCGCUGGAUCUUCCUUUGGCAACCUAGCCCUGAUGUCCAAUAGCCGGGAUAAGUAGGCGGAUCCUUCCGAUCUUCUCCUCUCCUCUUAAAUUCUCUGUACAUUUGUUAUAUUUAUUAUUUGACUGACAAUGAAAUUGCAUUGGGUAACCAAGCAGAGUCA